UUUGCCUAUGACUCAUCUUGCAAACCUAGAUGAAUUUCUUAACCUCUUCCAGGUUUACAUUUUCUUAUUUGCCUGGUGAGUAACCCUGUCUGUCUGGGCUCGUGAGGACGCCUGAUUGAGUGUCCGUAAAGCUUUUUUACAGUGCUGUCGCCAUGGCUCCAGGGAUGUCCAGGAACGGCUGGGGGCCGUGUGGUACUCCAGGGAGGAGAGCUGGAUUCUCUUGUCCCCAAAGACUGUGCAGAAAACAGAAAGACGUGAUCCUUCGUGACUUGAAAGCGGCUCCACUUCAGCCUCCUAAUGCUGUUUGUAGAUGAGAGAUUUCCAUGAAGACAACUUACAAGGAUCUGAAUGGCCUCAGUUUAGCUGCUUCGGCGUGUGGAGCUGUUGCUCACUCCUCCUCUUCCCGUGCCUGGUGUGAGAGUGCUUACUGAGCGCCAUGAAGGUUGUUCCAGAGAAGAAUGCUGUCCGGAUUCUCUGGGGGAGAGAACGGGGCACUCGGACCUUUGGAGCUCAGCGACUUCUGCAGGAGCUGGUUGAAGAUAAAACCCGGUGUAUGAAAUGGGAGGGCAAGAGAGUAGAACUGCCAGAUAGUCCACGCUCCACCUUUUUAUUGGCCUUCAGCCCAGACAGGACUCUCUUGGCUUCCACUCACGUAAACCAUAACAUCUAUAUCACGGAAGUGAAGACGGGCAAGUGUGUUCACUCUCUGAUUGGACACCGCCGCACGCCAUGGUGUGUCACGUUUCAUCCCACCAUCUCAGGCCUCAUCGCUUCUGGCUGCCUAGAUGGGGAGGUUCGGAUCUGGGAUUUACACGGUGGCAGUGAAAGCUGGUUCACAGAUAGCAACAAUCCCAUUGCCUCCCUGGCUUUCCACCCCACGGCUCAGCUUCUGCUGAUUGCCACUGCUAACGAGAUCCACUUCUGGGACUGGAGCCGCCGGGAACCCUUUGCCGUGGUGAAGACAGCGAACGAGAUGGAACGGGUCCGUCUGGUGAGAUUUGAUCCUCUUGGACACUACUUACUCACAGCAAUUGUUAACCCCUCUAAUCAGCAGGGUGAUGACGAACCAGAGAUCCCCGCAGACGGAGCAGAACUGUCGCACUACCGUCAGCGGGCCCUCCUGCAGUCUCAGCCCGUGCGCCGGACGCCUCUCCUCCACAAUUUCCUGCACAUGCUGUCCUCCCGCUCCUCUGGCAUCCAGGUGGGAGAGCAAAGCACAGUGCAAGAUCCUGCCACCCCCUCACCCCCACCGCCUCCCCCUCAGCCCUCCACGGAGCGCCCCAGGACUUCCGCUUACAUCCGGCUCCGACAGCGGGUCAGUUACCCCACAGCCGAGUGCUGCCAGCACCUUGGGAUCCUGUGCCUUUGCAGCCGCUGCUCGGGCACUCGAGUUCCUUCCCUCUUGCCACACCAGGACAGUGUCCCCCCUGCUUCUGCCAGGGCUACUACCCCUUCCUUUUCUUUUGUGCAGACCGAGCCCUUCCACCCCCCGGAGCAGGCCUCGUCAGCGCCGCACGACCCAGGCCUCCUGAGCCGGCCGUCUGCCUUCAGUACGGUCCAGAGCAGCACCGCCGGCAACACGCUCCGCAACCUCAGCCUGGGUCCCCCCCGGCGCUCCCUGGGAGGCCCUCUGUCUGGCCACCCUUCCAGGUACCACCGGGACAUAGCCCCCGGGCUGACAGGAUCUGAGUGGACCCGGACAGUGCUCAGUCUGAACUCUCGCUCCGAGGCGGAGUCCAUGCCCCCGCCCAGGACCAGCGCCUCUUCGGUGAGUCUGCUCUCUGUGCUGCGACAGCAGGAAGGUGGCUCUCAAGCCUCUGUGUACACUUCAGCCACAGAAGGGAGGGGUUUUCCAGCCUCGGGGUUGGCAGCUGAGUCAGAUGGAGGGAACGGCUCCAGCCAAAACAACUCGGGCAGCAUCCGCCACGAGCUUCAGUGUGACCUGAGACGCUUCUUUCUGGAGUAUGACCGGCUUCAGGAGCUGGACCAGAGCCUCAGCGGGGAGGCCCCCCCGGCCCAGCAGGCCCAGGAAAUGCUCAACAAUAACCUUGAAUCCGAACGGCCAGGGCCGUCCCACCAGCCCACCCCGCACAGCAGCGAGAACAACUCCAACCUGUCCCGUGGCCACCUGAACCGCUGCCGCGCUUGCCACAAUCUGCUGACCUUCAACAACGACACUCUGCGCUGGGAAAGAAGCACACCUAACUACUCCUCUGGCGAGGCCAGUGCCUCCUGGCAGGUUCCCGGCACCUUUGAGGGCAUGGCCGCGAGUGGCAGCCAGCUGCCCCCUCUCGAGCGGACUGAGGGCCAGACGGCCAGCUCCAGCAGGCUGGAGUUGGGCAGCUCUACCAGCCCGCAGGAGGAGAGGACUGUGGGGGUGGCCUUCAACCAGGAGACGGGCCACUGGGAACGCAUUUACACCCAGGCCAGCCGAUCUGGAACUGUGUCACAGGAGGCCUUACAUCAGGAUCUGCCGGAGGAGAGUUCUGAGGAGGAUUCUCUCAGGAGGAGGCUGCUGGAGUCUUCCCUCAUUUCAUUAUCCCGUUAUGAUGGAGCAGGAUCCAGAGAGCACCCAAUUUACCCAGACCCAGCGAGAUUAUCUCCUGCUGCAUACUAUGCCCAGAGAAUGAUCCAGUACCUGUCACGGAGAGACAGUAUCCGCCAGCGCUCCAUGCGCUACCAGCAGAACCGCCUCCGUUCCUCCACCUCCUCCUCUUCCUCAGACAACCAGGGUCCAUCCGUGGAGGGAACCGACUUGGAGUUUGAGGACUUUGAGGACGGUGGUGACAGAUCCAGGCACCGAGCUCCUCGCAAUGCCCGCAUGUCUGCACCUUCGCUUGGACGCUUUGUCCCAAGGCGUUUCUUGCUGCCUGAAUACUUGCCUUAUGCUGGGAUUUUUCAUGAACGUGGACAGCCUGGCUUGGCUACUCACUCUUCUGUUAACAGGGUCCUGGCAGGGGCAGUGAUUGGUGAUGGACAGUCUGCCGUGGCCAGUAACAUUGCCAAUACUACCUACCGGCUCCAGUGGUGGGACUUCACUAAGUUUGACCUCCCGGAAAUCAGUAAUGCCUCCGUGAAUGUGCUGGUGCAGAACUGCAAGAUCUACAAUGACGCCAGCUGUGACGUUUCUGCAGAUGGCCAGCUCCUGGCAGCGUUCAUCCCUAGCAGUCAGAGGGGCUUUCCUGACGAAGGCAUCCUGGCAGUGUACUCCCUGGCCCCCCACAACCUGGGCGAAAUGCUCUACACCAAGCGAUUUGGUCCCAACGCCAUCUCAGUGAGCCUGUCCCCGAUGGGCCGAUACGUGAUGGUGGGCUUGGCCUCACGGAGGAUCCUGCUGCACCCCUCCACGGAGCACAUGGUGGCCCAGGUCUUCCGGCUGCAGCAGGCGCACGGCGGCGAGACCUCCAUGCGGAGAGUUUUCAACGUCCUUUACCCCAUGCCUGCUGACCAGCGGAGACAUGUCAGCAUCAAUUCUGCCCGGUGGCUGCCUGAGCCAGGGCUUGGCCUGGCCUACGGCACCAACAAAGGAGACCUGGUGAUCUGCCGACCGGAAAAAAUAUACCACUUGCAACUCUGUAACUCUCCGAAGACCUCAGGUGAAGAAAGCAGCCCCAGAUCACCUGGAGGCAUGGCCUCAAACUCUGGUGUUGAGUACUACUGGGACCAGCUGAACGAGACGGUCUUCACUGUUCACUCCAGCAGCCGAAGCAGCGAGAGGCCUGGAACCAGCAGAGCCACGUGGAGGACAGACAGAGACAUGGGCCUGAUGAAUGCCAUCGGCCUGCAGCCCCGGAACCCCACCACGUCGGUGACGUCUCAGGGCACCCAGACUCUGGCCCUGCAGCUGCAGAAUGCGGAGACCCAGACGGAGCGGGAGAUACAGGAGCCGGGGGUGGCGGCUUCAGGUCCUGGUGAAGGGGAGGGCUCGGACUACGGGGCCAGCGGGGAAGACGCGCUCAGCAGGAUCCAGCGGCUGAUGGCUGAAGGGGGCAUGACAGCCGUGGUGCAACGGGAGCAGAGCACCACCAUGGCCUCCAUGGGCGGCUUCGGAAACAACAUCAUUGUCAGCCACCGCAUUCACCGCAGCUCCCAGACGGGCACGGAGCCGGGGGCCGUGCGCACCCCCUCGCCGCAGCCCUCCACCUCUCGGGGACUGCUCCCGGAAGCCGGGCAGCUGGCAGAGCGAGGCUUGAGCCCCCGGACAGCCUCCUGGGAGCGGCCCGCUACCCCUGGGCGGGAGUCCGCCCUGCCCUCCUCCUCCCCGGCCCCUCCUCCUGCCCCCCUCCCCAGCACCGAGGGACCAACCCCGCCGCGCUGCGACCUGACCAACAGCAACCACCUUCCUGAUGGCGGGGGCAGCCGCAGGGGGGAGGCGGCGGGCCCCAGCGGGGAGCCACGGGACAGGUAGAGACAGGCGUGCCCUGUGCCUCCCCGUGAACCGCUGAGCAGAAACCGGACCUCACAGCUGACUGGGAACUGAGCGCACAGAAGAGCCGCGGGCUGCGUCAGGGAACAGGAGCGCGAGGGUGGGGGUCAGGAGGGCGUCCAUCCGGGGCAGCAGGGAGUGAGGCGGUGCAAGGGGCCAGGCUUGCCUCCGGGGACUAGACCCUUCCAGGAUCUGGGGCCCAGGGGAGUCACAGACUGCCGUGCUCACUGCGAGUGGAGGAGGAGGUGGGUAUCCCUGCCACGCACCCCCCGCCCCUUCUAGAACCAAGGCUCAAGGGACUCAGCCCUGGGCAGAGAGCCCCCAGGAGGGUGAACAGUCUUCCAGAUCUGGGCCCGACCAUCCUGGCCGGUGGCCAGUGGAGCGGCUGCCCCCUGUUCACCUUGCAGGCAGAGCCACUAGGAGCCCUCAAGCAGGAGGAGCAGCCCGGCCCCCAGAAACCAUCUCCGUCUCUGAGCCUUCCAGAGCUUCAGCCUCUUGAUCAUCUCCCCCCCCAGAGACCACAGUCAGGAGUCAGGCCUGGCUCCCAGAUUCCUGAGCACAGGGACUUCCGCACUUACCAGUGGGGGACAGCCAUGGAGUGGAGGGGGCAGCCUGCUUGCCCAAGACAGGAUGGAGUCAAGGGACAGUGGGCAGGUCCUCACUCAGGAGGGGGGGUGUAGGCUGGCCAGCCCCCAGGGCUUGUCCACCAAGCUCCUCCUUCCCCACCACCCCAAGGCCCUCAGAGCAGCACCUGUGGGUGUCAGUGUUAGCUGAGCCUAGGCCAAAGCCAGCCCAAGGCUGGGGGAGGGGUGAGACUCCGGGUCAGAAUGUGAGGUCUUGGUCUGUGAUUUAAGGUGUUGCAUGUGGAAUCUUGAACUGUACGUGUAGUUUCUAGUGGAGAAAUCAAGGCUCUGAUUAUUUUGUUUUUAGUAUGAAAAAUGUGAUUACUUUUCUGUUUGUAACUCAUCAUAGAAACAUUGUGGUGGGAGAGGGGAUGGUCUGACUGCUAAUGAGGGAAACACCAAAGAUCUACAUCAUUAAAAUGAUGACAUGCCCCUCA